CGAGCUCCGCAGGAGACACAGGCGCUGGCUGCCCCGUCCGCUCUCCGCCUCCGCCGCGCCCUCCUCGCCGGGGAUGGGCCCCCCCGCCGCCGCCGGAGCCAUCGCCUCCCGGCCGCCGCCGCCGUCGUCGAGCUCGCCCUGAAGCCCGGGCCCUCGCGCACGCCGGUUCGCCCCGCAGCCUCGCGCGCUGACCACUCCCGCCGGCCGUAGAGCCGUCACGAUGCUGCCGCCCGCGCCCUCCCGCCUCAGGCUGCUGCUGCUGCUGCUCUUGUGUCCGGCGCACGUCGGUGGACUGUGGUGGGCCGUGGGCAGCCCCUUGGUCAUGGACCCUACCAGCAUCUGCAGGAAGGCACGGAGACUGGCUGGGCGGCAGGCCGAGUUGUGCCAGGCUGAGCCGGAAGUGGUGGCAGAGCUAGCCCGGGGCGCCCGGCUCGGGGUUCGAGAAUGCCAGUUCCAGUUUCGCUUCCGCCGCUGGAACUGCUCCAGCCACAGCAAGGCCUUUGGCCGCAUCCUGCAGCAGGACAUUCGGGAGACCGCCUUCGUGUUUGCGAUCACGGCGGCGGGCGCUAGCCACGCGGUCACGCAGGCCUGUUCCAUGGGCGAGCUGCUGCAGUGCGGCUGCCAGGCGCCUCAUGGGCGGGCCCCACCCCGGCCCUCUGGCCUGCCCGGCACCCCAGGGCCCCCCGGCCCCGCGGGCUCCCAGGAAGGCAGCGCCGCGUGGGAAUGGGGAGGCUGCGGCGACGACGUGGACUUCGGGGAUGAGAAGUCCAGGCUGUUUAUGGACGCGCGGCACAAGCGGGGACGCGGAGAUAUCCGCGCGUUGGUGCAACUGCACAACAACGAGGCGGGCCGGCUGGCCGUGCGGAGCCAUACGCGCACCGAGUGCAAGUGCCACGGGCUGUCCGGCUCGUGCGCGCUGCGCACCUGCUGGCAGAAGCUGCCCCCGUUCCGCGAGGUGGGCGCGCGGCUGCUGGAGCGCUUCCACGGCGCCUCGCGCGUCAUGGGCACCAACGACGGCAAGGCCCUGCUGCCCGCGGUCCGCACGCUCAAGCCGCCGGGCCGCGCCGACCUCCUCUACGCGGCGGACUCGCCGGACUUCUGCGCCCCCAACCGGCGCACGGGCUCACCGGGCACGCGCGGCCGCGCCUGCAAUAGCAGUGCCCCGGACCUCAGCGGCUGCGACCUGUUGUGCUGCGGCCGCGGGCACCGCCAGGAGAGCGUGCAGCUUGAGGAGAACUGCCUGUGCCGCUUCCACUGGUGCUGCGUAGUGCAGUGCCACCGCUGCCGCGUGCGCAAGGAGCUCAGCCUUUGCCUCUGACCCGCCGCCAGGCCCUUAAACUCACUGCGCAGAGCCGCCUCUCGCACCUGCGGGACCUCAGGGCUCCUCAGGGCUCCAGCUCCCGGACUGGCCUCUCCUUGCCCAAGGCCAUCUCUCAAGCCUCUGGAAACGGCGGGGGGCUUAAGCCCGGCUGCCCUCGAAGGCCAUGGGCGCCUGGCAGCCCCUGAAAGGCGCUCGGGGAGUUUCAGAGGGAGACUAUACCGGCCCUUCCUGCCUAGGCCCCCAGGUGGAAACCAAAAAGCCAGUCUCUAGGCCUCUGGAUGUGAGGCUCCUCCGAAUUGCAGGCCAUGGGAUGGGCAAGUGAAUUUAGUAUCAAUAAAGAUAUUUAAACCAA